CUUGGGAUCUUCUUCACCUAUGGCAAGAGCUCAUGCCAAGAAAAGAGAAGAUAUACUAGCUUUGCUGAGGAAGCAGAGAGAAGAAAGGAUUGCAAAAGAACUGAUUUCUCAUCCACAUAAACCGAAGAUCAAAGCUGAUGAAGUAAGUGUUUGGGAACUCCUUUCACCACCAGUACUGUCAAACUUUUGGCUGUCAAGUUCCACCAAAGCUGUGAAAUCUUCAGAGCAGUCUGCUCCAUGUGAGGCUUGGCAGGCAGAAUGUGUUUGAAGCAGACCAUCAGGAUCAAGAAGCGGUGAAGGCCCUCAAAUAGUUCAGCUAAACUCUGAUGAAGACAAUGAAAUGUUUCUCUGCUCCAGAAAAAAAAAGUAAUUGUUAUCAGAACUGUGCUGCUCUGGACUUCGAUAAAUGUACGUUUCUAAUUUGACUACAUUUCUAGUUGCUCAUACUGAGACAUAACAUGAUGGACAAAGGCUGUGAUAGGCUUGCAGCAACCUAUCCAUCAUUUUCUUUGUUUUGCUGAAGUUGAAAUAAAUGCUGAAUUGCUUUACUUACUAAACUGUUAGGUCCUAAUGUGAUGGUAGUGGCUUGGGAAGUGCUGUUUGUCCUCACAUUUUUCUGUUGUCUUGGCACUACAGCAGUAAACAAUGUAUGCGAGUAGCUGUUUGUCAAUCUUGUCCAAGUCCUUGUCCAUGCUGCUGCCUAAGGUAAUUCAAAGGGAUGGCAUAACAAACAUCUAGUAGACUUGUUUUCCAUGGACUAGAGUGGUCCUGGGAUUUUUGACUUGUGGGCUUUGAAGACUCACGUACUUUACUGGUCAGCAUUCAAAUGGUACACUUCUAUGAUCUGAAGGGUUGUUAUAUUGAAUAUAUUCAUUUUGUGUGCUCAGUUCUCCAGAAUUAUAAAUGGAGAGCAAGUGUUUUACCUCUGUUGUGAAAUUGCUCUUUAAAAGUAGAGGUCAAAAAGGAAGAGGUCAAAAGGAAGAGUCUGUGGCUAGUAACAGUGUUAGGAUUAUGCAAUAAACACAGCAAGCUUUGUUAUCAAGUGUCUGUAGUGUUCGAGUGGUUGGAGUUGACCUCUCUUAAUAAAAGAUCAACGAGGCUUCUGUCA